CCUUUUAAAUAGGAAUCAGCGGGAGUGGAGGGGCCCAGCAUUUUUUUCCAGUGGAAUGUCUUAAAUUUUUUUUUAAUUACUUAGCACAAAGGGAUCUUACAUUCUCAGUAUCUUUCAGUCAACUGCAAGCCAGUAAAUAUGUAGUCUACUGCUGAACAUGGUUUUUAAAAGUGCUCAUUCCCUUAUGGAGGAAGCAAUCAAUUCACGACCUCAUAAAGCCUUUGGAUAAAGGGGGGAGUAAGCAAGUUGGUCUGUAGUUACUGCCAGAUCCUCGGUCACCUUUCCCUUGCUUUAUAGCUCGGUCCCUCGUCCCACGUCCCACGUCCCACGUCCCAUCCGUCGUAUCGCUUCCAAGAGCAGCCGUCGCUGAGAUUAUGGACUAUUUAUUAGGCUACCGGAGCGUUGGAGGGCCAAAGCAAGGCCAAAGCAUUCUCAGUUGGACAAUUUCCGGAGCACGGACGAAUGAUACGUUUUUACAACGUAACGUUCUGCAUGGCAAUGGGCCGCAAGGGAAGGCUGGGCCUGGGAGCAGAACCGGGAGCGAAGGGACAAAGCUGCUAAGCAGCACAGUGCUUGGGGGAGGGUGGGCUGUAGUCGGACACCCAGCUCGUUGCGACGCCCAACCUACCCCGAGCUGCGCAUGCGCACUCCCGCCUCCAGCAGCCAUCUUUCAGGGUACACAAAGGUUCCCGGCUGAGGUCCCCAGAGAGCUUACGCGGCCGCAGCCCUCUGCCUAGCGCAUGCGCCUUUCGGGUCCCGACGCGUGGGGGAGGGAAGAAGUGAGCGCCCCCGGAGAAGAGAGGUACGACGGCGAAAGCGCAGUGACUAGGACGUCAGAAGCCUUGGCCCGCAUUUCCCGUCGGGCGUUGGGCUACCAGAACACAACGGAAACGGCUCCUGUUGGUUUCCGGCAACAGCCACCAAGGGGCGGUGCAUAACCCGGAAGAGCUUCCAUUCAGCGUCAGGGCCCGGCGGAGACGGCGGCCGGGGUUCGGUGGGAGCGGAGCCGCCAUGGGCUCCUCGAAGAAGCACCGCGGGGAGAAGGAGGCGGCUGCUGGGGCUGGGGCGGGGGCGGCAGGAAGUUCGGGACCGGGCGCGGCUGAGCAGGCGCCGCGGCACCGCGAGCACAAGAAGCACAAACACCGCAGCGGGGGCGGCGGCAGCGGGAGCGGCGGGGGCGGGACCGGCGAGCGGCGCAAGCGCAGCCGGGAGCGCGGGGCCGAGAGGGGGAGCAGCCGCCGCGGGGGCGAGGCUGAGGCCCGCAACGGGAGCGCGCACGGGCGCGAACGCAGCCAGGCUGAGCCUGCGGAGCGGAGGGUGAAGCGGGAGAAGCGUGAUGACGGCUAUGAAGCUGCCACCAGCUCCAAGGCCAGCUCUGGAGAUGCCUCAUCUCUCAGCAUCGAGGAGACCAAUAAACUCCGGGCAAAGUUGGGCCUCAAACCUUUGGAGGUCAAUGCCAUCAAGAAGGAGGCUGGCACCAAGGAGGAGCCAGUGUUGGCCGACGUGAUCAACCCCAUGGCCUUGCGGCAGCGUGAAGAGCUACGUGAGAAGCUAGCGGCAGCCAAGGAGAAGCGUCUCCUUAACCAAAAGCUGGGGAAGAUCAAGACCCUGGGGGAAGAUGAUCCAUGGCUAGAUGACACAGCUGCCUGGAUUGAGAGGAGCCGGCGACUGCAGAAAGAGAAGGAUUUGGCUGAGAAAAGGGCUAAGCUGUUGGAGGAGAUGGACCAAGAGUUUGGAGUGAGCACCCUGGUGGAGGAGGAAUUUGGACAAAAGCGGAAGGAUCAGUACAGUGCCCGGGAUCUCCAGGGGCUGACCGUGGAGCACACCAUAGACUCCUUCCGGGAGGGAGAGACGAUGAUCCUCACCCUCAAGGACAAAGGGGUGCUGCAGGAGGAUGAGGACGUGUUGGUGAAUGUGAACCUUGUUGACAAAGAGCGGGCAGAAAAGAAUGUGGAACUCCGGAAAAAGAAGCCCGAUUACCGACCCUAUGCGGAAGAUGAGAGUGUGGACGACAUGGCUGUGUUUAAGCCGAAAUCCAUUUUGGCCAAGUAUGAUGAGGAGCUGGAGGGGGAACGGCCACACUCGUUCCGGCUCGAUCGGAGCGGAGCUGCUGACGGAGCCCGAGAACGGGAGCUGGAGGAAAUCCGGGCCAACCUGAGGCAGCAGGCGCAGUCCUUGACCAUGGCUGGACCCCGGCUUGCAUCUGAGUAUCUCACUCCACAGGAGAUGGUGACCUUCAAGAAGACAAAACGGAGGGUCAAGAAGAUCCGAAAGAAGGAAAAGGAAGUUGUGGUUCGAGCCGAUGACCUACUGCCGCUCGGCAACGAGCCUCCAAGUGAGGGAGACUUUGGCUCUAGGUUGCGGGGGAGGGGCCGUCGCCGAGUCCCUGAGGCUGAGGAGGAAGCCCCUGGAGACCAUGAGAGGGAGACGCCUUCCCAGCUCCCCCAGUCUGAUGACACCAGAGUAGAAAACAUGGAUAUCAGUGACGAUGAAGAGGCUGGAGCCCAGGGGACGGGCUCCCCAGAAAUCCUAGAGGAGGAUGAAGUAGAGGCUGAAUUGCAGAAGCAGCUGGAGAAGGGGCGGAGGCUGAGGCAGCUGCAGCAGCUCAAAGACAGUGGUGAGAAGGUGAUUGAGAUUGUGAAGAAACUGGAGACACGGCGGAGUCGGGAGGAAGAUGAAGACCCUGAACGCAAAGGGGCGAUUGUGUUCAAUGCCACCUCAGAAUUCUGCCGAACGCUGGGGGAGAUCCCCACUUAUGGGCUGGCUGGCAACCGGGAGGACCAGGAGGAACUCAUGGACUUUGAGCGGGAUGAAGAAAGGUCCGCCAACGGGGGUUCAGAGUCUGACGGGGAGGAGAACAUUGGCUGGAGCACCGUCAACCUGGAUGAGGAGAAACAGCAGCAGGACUUCUCUGCUUCUUCCACUACCAUCCUGGAUGAGGAGCCCAUUGUGAACAGAGGCCUGGCCGCAGCCCUGCUCCUAUGUCAGAACAAAGGGCUACUGGAGACAACAGUGCAGAAAGUGGCUCGGGUGAAGGCCCCCAACAAGUCUCUUCCUUCUGCUGUGUAUUGCAUUGAGGACAAGAUGGCCAUUGAUGACAAGUACAGUCGUCGGGAAGAGUAUCGAGGCUUUACACAGGAUUUCAAAGAGAAAGAUGGCUACAAGCCGGAUGUCAAGAUUGAGUAUGUGGAUGAGACUGGAAGAAAACUCACACCUAAAGAGGCCUUCCGGCAGCUGUCCCACCGAUUCCAUGGAAAGGGCUCAGGCAAAAUGAAGACGGAGCGACGGAUGAAGAAGCUUGAUGAGGAAGCUCUCUUAAAGAAGAUGAGUUCCAGUGACACUCCCUUGGGCACAGUGGCCUUACUCCAGGAGAAGCAGAAAGCCCAGAAGACCCCAUACAUCGUACUCAGUGGCAGCGGGAAGAGCAUGAAUGCGAAUACUAUCACAAAGUGAAGAUGUCCCAUUACCCCAAACCUUUAAUAUAAAAUAAAAUUCCCUCCUUAUUUUUUC